AUGACAUAUGACGCCGACUUAUCUCUGCCGUUCUACGAACUACUAUUGCUUUCUACUCCAGGUCCAUGUGACGCUUUCCUCCUCCCGAGACACACAUCGCAUGGUUUCGACGGCUUACAUUCUCCUGAUACGGCGUUGAAUCUUGGUGAGCUGCUAUUUACUGACGUCACUUUCGCGUCGUUUUCUUCGUCUGCGUCUGCUCUGUCACUGAAAGUCUCGACCCUUGACCUUAUCUUUGAGAACACAGGUAAAAUUAUGUGA